GUGUCUAUUGUAUGUUUUUUCUUUUUUUCCUCUGGCAUUUUGUACAUUUCACGGGAGGUUCAAAUCGGGAGUGAAAAGCAUGGCAGAUGAGCAAGAAAUUAUGUGCAAACUCGAGAGCAUCAAGGAGAUCAGGAAUAAGACUUUGCAGAUGGAAAAAAUAAAGGCACGACUGAAAGCAGAAUUUGAAGCCCUGGAGUCUGAGGAGAGGCACCUGAAAGAAUACAAACAAGAAAUGGACCUGCUGCUGCAAGAGAAGAUGGCCCAUGUGGAGGAGCUGCGACUGAUCCAUGCUGAUAUUAAUGUGAUGGAGAAUACUAUCAAGCAGUCUGAGAACGAUCUCAACAAGCUCUUGGAAUCUACUCGUCGCCUGCACGAGGAGUACAAACCCCUGAAGGAGCACGUAGAUGCUUUGCGGAUGACUCUGGGAUUGCAGAGGCUGCCAGAUCUAUGUGAGGAGGAAGAGAAACUGUCCCUUGACUACUUUGAAAAGCAGAAAGCGGAAUGGCAGACAGAACCACAGGAGCCUCCUAUCCCAGAGUCUCUGGCUGCAGCUGCAGCAGCUGCCCAACAGCUGCAAGUGGCUAGGAAACAAGAUACCAGACAGACAGCAACUUUCAGACAACAGCCACCUCCCAUGAAGGCAUGUUUAUCGUGUCACCAACAAAUUCAUCGGAAUGCGCCCAUAUGUCCACUCUGCAAAGCAAAGAGCCGAUCUCGGAAUCCCAAAAAGCCCAAGAGGAAACAGGACGAAUGAAACCCAGAAGACUGACAAGCAAACACAUGACCUGUUCCAGUACUCUUCCAGUAGAACUGCAAAUGUGGCCAGACUGUACUGAAGUGCAAACUCAAGUAUGACCGACCCAUUGUUUUCUAUUUAAUGCAAUGUAAGCACAAUGUUCCUGUUCUGUCUUAAUUUCCUUCCAGUCCUUAGGAUUUGGUUUUAGGAAAGUAAGUAUUACUGGUGCUACAGUUUAACAUUUCAAUCAUUCCAUCUUUUCGACUCCUAAACAAAGUAGAAUUCUUAUGCAAGUAUCCCAAAUACCGGGCUAUUCCUAUUGGCCAAAUGCGAUUACCACAAAUGUUUUAUGUUCUCGUUUUAAAAACAGACGUUACUAAAAGAUUAUUCUGUUUUCUCCUGAUAACAGGAGACUAUUUGAAGAGCUGAAAUAGCAGACUGUCUGUUUGUUUCACUAAAGAACAAUUUGUUUUCCAAGCUAGUAAGACUGCAUAGGUUUGGGUAUCCAGUAGAGCUCUUUUUAUACAGGAAAUGUUCAGGGAAAAAAAGAAAUUGGUUAUACAGGAAAUUAGUGCAUUAAGGACACACACGAGUUUUGAUUUACUGGAGUUUGAUUGCACCAUUCCCUCAAACUUGACUUAAAAUUUGGAAGGGGGAUCAAGUUGCUGGCUGUGUAUGAAUUUCUAAAAAUGAUUUAAUUUGUGAUGCUUUAACAUCUUAAUAUGGUGUUCUUUUCAGCAGUCGGAAGACUGAUUAAGUACAAGGCUCAAAUGAACUGUAUUAGUGGUCCUCCUAGGCUCUAUGGCCAACCAGCUCACUCUGGUUCUCUAGGAAACAUGCAUCAAAUAUCCCAAAUCUCUAUGCGCACAGACUGCAACAUCAGCCAUUCUGCACGUCUUCUAUUCCUGGUUUCUGCAGCCAAAAUCUCCCUUGGCAGACAUAUCCUCCACUGGAGCACAGUGAAGUUCAGUAACAUGCACCAGGAACAGUGUCAACUAAAAAUGAUGUAUUUCACCAGAACUGCCUGGCUUUGGCGUCAUCGUCCUCCCUCAAACAAAACUUCCUAUUUUCGUAUAUUUUAAUAGGUCAUUUUCAAGUACGCUUUAUUUCAGCCCAUUUUUUUUCUUGCUCUAUAUGUAUGCCAAAAGAACCCUGACCAAAGGAUCCUUUAGACGCCUCCCUGUAUCCGUGUCUUCCCUUUGUUUCACCUCGUAACAGUUCCUCCAAUGGGGACGAUAGCAGUGACCCAACUACAGAACCAGGGCUUAAAACUUAUUUAUUUCUAAUCCCAGUUUUGUCACCGCCUUUGUUGUCUAAACUGAUCUCAAGUAUUCAAUAUUCUUUUCACUAACUUCAGUAGGCAGGGACUGCCUGUUUACAUUCUUGUCUCUUUAGCCCAGGUUUUCCUCUACUAUUACGCUAGAGUGGUUAUAUUGAGAACUUUGCUUGUUAAAUAGGAAGAACAGGGAAGCCCCCAGUCUCUGGUCAGAACUUUGCCAAAUGCUGGGGACUGUACAAAUCCACAUAAACCAAAUUUUGCUGGCCAAAUCACAUAUGUUGCCAUUAAUUUCCCAACUCCGCCACAAAGUACAUGAGUAUUUUAUUGACUAUAGUCCUACAAUUUAUGCCAAGUUUAGUUGGUAUUCUCCCAUUUUAAUGUUUCAUAGCCGAAUAAACACCUGUCAACAGCAGAGACAGAAUGUGGACCACGUGCCCCUGAAAAUAUGUGAAGAGCAGAUUCUGCUAGCUGAAUUACUGGGAUUCAGUCCCUAUGAGAUAGCAAUAAUGGAGGAUAGUCUGACCCCAUGCUCCAAAUGGCAGUAGUACGCUAACUCUAUCGUUAUGCAUGUUUCCUAACACAAAUACUGGAUUCUACUUUUAAAUGUCAGAGCGGCCACAUACUGUGUGCCCUGUUCAGAGCAAUUCCUAUUGAGUUUAAGGGAAAAUGCACACAGAGUUAAAGGACAGUAUAUGGACUCCCCCAAAGUGCAUGCAUGAGAGCAGCAUACUUUGAUGACAGUUGUACAUAACUUUAAGAAGUAGUGACAAUGGAGAACGGGUGAAUGACCUGCAAUGAAGUAGGGCGAAUAGAAGGAUAGAUUUGUAGAAACUUCGACUUACAGUUCUGAAAUAGAUAGGGUUAGUCGUAGCUGCUCUCACUUCACUGAUACUUUGUCAGGUUCUUUCUUUCUUGGGAGAUCUCUAGAGCUCUAAACUGAAGUAUGCUUAAGGAUGCACCAUUUACUAAUUUAGUACGGCAGGUUUGUAUUUUUACUUUUUUAAAUUAGUCUCUUAGUCUCUAAUUAGUGUUUAACAAGGUUUGUUUUUUUAAAAAAAGAAAAAAAUGUGAAUAUGACACACUGUGUUUGUAUCAAUCAUGUACGAGCAUUUACAAAUCUGUUUUCACAUCCUUUACGAAGUUCUGCCAUAUGAAUAGCAUGCGUUGCUGAGAAUGAGUCUAACUGAAUAUGACUCAACAGUGUGCCCUGGCAGCCAAAAGGGCCAACUGUGUCCUGGGGUGCAUCAAGCACAGCAUAGCUAGCCGGCCCAGGGAGGUGAUUGUCCCACUUGACACCGCACUGGUGCGGCCUCGAGUACUGUGUGCAGUCUUGGAUGCCUCAAUGUAAGAAGGACAUCAAACUAUUAGAGUGUGUCCAGAGGAGGGCGACCAAGAUGGUGAAAGGUCUCAAGGGCAAGACUUAAGAGGAGCGGCUGAGGUCACUCGGUUUGUUCAGCUUGGAGAAGAGAAGGCUGAGGGGUGCCCUCAUUGCAGUCUACGGCUUCCUCAAGGGGGGCAGCGGAGGUGGAGGUGCUGCUCUCCUCUCUCUGGUGACCAGCGACAGGACACGAGGAAAUGGAAUGAAGCUGCAUCAGGGGAAGUUCAGAUUGGACAUGAGGAAAAGGUUCUUCACUGAGAGGGUGGUCGGUCACUGGAAGAGGCUCCCCAGGGAAGUGGUCAUGGCACCAAGCCUGUCAGAGUUCAAGGAGCGUCUGGAUGACCCUCUUAAGUCAUAUGGUUUAGUGUUACGUAGUUCUGCGAGGAGCAGGGAGUUGGACUUGAGGAUCCUUACGCGUCACUUCCAACUUGAGAUAUUCUAUGACUCUAUGAUUCUAACUAUUUCAAGGAGACAAAAUCUGUAUUAUAUAUUAAGGGAUC